AACAACGCUCCAUUCAAAUUUCAAACCUCCGACAGCACUCAACGGAGCCUCCACCUGUGAUCCCGCGGCCACGCGAUCCAAUCCAUUCCGCAAUAGCAAGAUCCCGCCAUGCGGUCAUGGGGCCAUGAAAUCCAAUAUGGUUGUACCGGGGCCACGUGAACACAACACACACAGCAGGCCAUGGCAUUGGGAAUUUUGAAGUACGGAACUGAGAGCACAGGAAGAAAGCACACAGCCGAGGCCCGAGAGCGGAGAAGGAGAAAACAGAGAAGAGUAGAGCAGGAAAAAGGAAAGAUGAGAACACAAGCGGAGAAAAGAUCAAAUGAGGGCAUGGAAGGCAAGAGGGUUUAUUGGGGGUGUGUUGUUUGUUGGGUUUAUUGGUUUGUUCAAACUGCACUUGUACCUUGAGGUCGACGACUUGUGCUCGACCCGUGAUCCUGAUACUGAGGUUCAAUACUCUGAAUAUGCAACAUGAUGGUCAUGGCGUGGUGUGGCGAGUUUUGAUUGAGGUGUUGCAGUAGGAAUGGUGUGAGGGUGGGAUCGGGUGGGUCGGGCAUCGGGGUAGGGCCAUGCGGCAUGGCGAAACCCUAGCAUUAUGGUGGAACCCCUGUAGUGGACACUAUGGAUGUAAGGGGGCUGCCUUGUGCAUUUGCUAGGGUGCAGGGCAACCUCCGCCAUGCCAUCGCCAGAGCUGUGCCACGCCCCUGUCAACACGCCCAGUUCGAAUUUGCUUCGCCACAGCGUUGCCAUCCUAAUGCGCUGCCGAUCUGGACAGACGCUGUGACGUUGGGUGCCGUCUCCAGACUUUGUGCGGCCUUUGCAUGUCGCGUCUCAUCAGCGUGGGGCAGGAUUCAUCAAUGGAGAAGUUUCCGUGGUGGCAACUGAGAGGCUUUGGUGGGGCGGGCGUGACGGGGGCAACUACAGAUCAGGCUACAGUAGGGGCUAUCCAAGCGGAGGCAGCAGGUGGGGCGGGCGUGGCAACAAUCGUUGCGGCCCGAGCCCAGCGGUAGGGACAACUAUCCGAGUUUGGUGUGAUUGGUGUGGAUGCAGAGGAAGGACUGAUGAUAGGGUGUGGCGCGAGCUAGAGCAAGAGCCAGGGCGCAUGGUAGCAUGCUAGAGGUGAGGUGGAUGAUAGCGGUAGCUGGGCGGAGGGUGGUUAGCGGGAGCCCAAGGGCACCAUGGACGGUGGCAAGGCGGAUUGGCAGACGCAAAUGAGGGGGUCGGAUGGGGAUAGAGGUAAGCGAUGGAUCUGCGAAGGGGUCCAUCGUGCAGGGGGUGAUAUCGGAGGAUCUCGUGGACGCAGUGGCUGGGGCGUGCGAGGCACUGGAUUCGGGCGCCGGGGAGGUGGAGGCGCAGGGGGAAGGCGGAGGCUGUGGUGGCGGAUAGCAAUGGCACCGACGGAGGGGAAGGCCAUCCGGACUGGGUUGGGCGAUGUGGUAGUAAUUGUGCCCGUGAGGAUUAUGGAUGGGGCGGAUGCAACAACAGGUGCAUGGGAGGGCUCUCGAUUGCCGGUGCACACAAAGAGUUGGAGCAAUUUCAGCGCUAUGUUCACGAGGACAUUUGGCGACUAGAGGUGCAAAUCAGCAGGAUUUUCUUGCUAACCAGCUGGACUAAGCGAUCGAUGCGGCAAUCGCUAGGUCAGGCGCACCGAAGCUGGGAUCGGAUGCGGAUUUCUUUGAGUGGGGCGACCUAGCAUUGGAGCCCGUGGUAAUAGGGAGGGGAGAUGUUCGGGGAAGAUUGCUUGCUUUGGGCAUCAAGUUCCAUCGAGUCAGCUGCGAUGUGGUUGCCAACGUGAAGGUGUCCCCCCAUCUUGUAUAGAGGGGCCGUAUUCUUGUAGUGUUAUCUUGUUCUAGUGUCGCGGUACAAGGUAGUGUUUGCCUGGUCAGUACGUUCGAUUCGAUGGCAAAACAAAGGACUCUAGUAACCCACAUUUGAACCAUAAAAACCAAAACUGAAUCUUAAACCCUAAAGAUUAAAUAUUAGACAUUAAAUUUAAAGACAUUUGUUUUCAAUUGUAAAGUA